AUGCAGGGGGCCUGCGUGCUGCUGCUGCUCCUGGGCCUGAGGCCGUGGCUGGCCCUCGGCGUCAUCCCAGUUGAGGAGGAGGACCCAGCCUUCUGGAACCGCCAGGCGGCCCAGGCCCUGGACACUGCGAAGAAGCUGCAGCCCAUCCAGACAGCUGCUAAGAACCUCAUUCUCUUCUUGGGGGACGGGAUGGGGGUGCCCACGGUGACAGCCACUCGGAUCCUAAAGGGGCAAAUGAAUAAGCACCUGGGACCUGAGACACCCCUGGCCAUGGACCACUUUCCGUACCUGGCUCUGUCCAAGACAUACAACGUGGACAGACAGGUGCCAGACAGCGCAGGCACUGCCACGGCCUACCUGUGCGGGGUCAAGGCCAACUACCAGACCAUUGGCGUGAGCGCAGCCGCCCGCUGGAACCAGUGUAACACGACACGUGGCAAUGAGGUCACUUCUGUGAUGAACCGGGCCAAGAAAGCAGGGAAGUCGGUGGGGGUGGUGACCACUACGAGGGUGCAGCAUGCGUCGCCAGCAGGCUCCUACGCGCACGUAGUGAACCGCAACUGGUACUCAGACGCCAACAUGCCCGACAAGGCGCGGGAGGAGGGAUGCCAGGACAUCGCCCAGCAGCUCAUCUCCAACAUGGAUAUUGAUGUGAUCCUGGGCGGAGGCCGAAAGUACAUGUUCCCCAACGGGACUGCAGACCCUGAGUAUCCAAGUGACGCCAAACAGAACGGAAUCAGGUUGGAUGGGCGGAACUUGGUGCAGGAGUGGCAGGCCAAGUACCAGGGUGCCCGCUAUGUGUGGAAUCGCACGGCGCUCAUGGAAGCAUCCCGGGACCCCUCUGUAACACACCUCAUGGGCCUCUUUGAGCCAGGAGACACCAAAUACGAGGUCCACCGAAACCAGACCCAGGACCCGUCCCUGAUGGAGAUGACAGAGGUGGCCGUGCGCCUGCUGAGCAGGAACCCCCGUGGCUUCUACCUCUUCGUGGAGGGAGGCCGCAUCGACCACGGUCAUCACGACGGCACGGCUUAUCUGGCACUGACCGAGGCCGUCAUGUUCGAUUCUGCCAUCGACAAGGCCAGCCAGAUCACAAGCGAGAAGGACACCCUGACCCUUGUCACCGCUGACCACUCUCACGUCUUCUCUUUUGGUGGCUACACACUGCGAGGGAGCUCCAUUUUCGGGCUGGCCCCCAGCAUAGCCGUAGACAACAAGACCUACACCUCCAUCCUUUAUGGCAACGGCCCCGGCGCCCACUUCGCGCUCACCGGGAACUCCCGGCCCAACGUCAGCGACGCACAGAGCACGGACCCCGCGUACAAGCAGCAGGCCGUGGCGCCCCUGUUGUCCGAGACCCACGGCGGCGAGGACGUGGCGGUGUUCGCGCGCGGCCCGCAGGCGCACCUGGUGCACGGCGUGCAGGAGCAGAGCUUCGUGGCGCACGUCAUGGCCUUCGCCGCCUGCCUCGAGCCCUACACCGACUGCGGCCUGCCGCCCUCGGCCUCUCCCACCGACGCCGCGCUCCCCGGCCCGGCCGCUGCGCCGCCGACGCUGCCGCUGCUGGCCGGGACGCUGCUGCUGGGGCUGCUGGCCGGCGCCGCGCCCUGACCGCCAGGAUCCCAGCCCGCUCUCCGCCUCCCACCUCCACCGCAUCCCACCUCCACCGCAUCCCACCUCCAGCCCCAGGCCCCGCCCCCGCCCCUCCGCCCCCUCCGCCCCCUCCGCCCCCUCCGCCCCCUCCACCCCCUCCCCCUCCCACCUCCAGUCCCAGGCCCCGCCCCCGCCCCUCCGCCCCCUCCACCUCCCACCUCCAGUCCCAGGCCCCGCCCUGCCCCGCCUCCAGUCCUAGGCCCCGCCCCCGGAGCCCCCCAGCGCGGGCCCCUCCCCAGACCUUCAGCCCGAUGGCGCGGGAGGCCCCGGCGCCCCGCGGGCCGCGAUGGCGGCUUUCCGGGGCAGCCACGGCCCCCCAUUGGCUGUUCUCGACUCUCCACUCCCAACCUCAGCGCCAGGGUAAGGACGGGCGGGGGGCUCCGACCACCAGGCUCUGCCCGAGGACCAGGCGGGCACCAUGCCAGAGGCGUCCCCGGCAGGGCCACGACUCGCCCAGACCCUGCAGCACACCCGUUUCUUGGCCUCAGUCUUCACAGCACCUUGGGGACCCGAGGACUCGGGCAUGUCAGGGUGCCCGGAAAAAGGUGGCUUCCUGUCACCCCCGCAACCGUCCCUGCAGCCACCUUGCUGGCUGAGGAGGCUGCUGGGGCCGGGGUGCCGUACCAUCCACCAUGGGCACCUCCUGAGGGCCAGCGGUACACAGAGAGGAGAUGCUGACACGGAACGGAGAGACUUGUCCCAAGUCACUUAGCUGCUGAUGUUCACCCCCCCCCCCCCCCCCCCCCCGCCCAGUGCCCAUUCCAGGCUGGGAGACCCAAGGAGCAUGCAGAGCAGGCAGCCCUAGAGCUACCCUUGCUCCCUCCGGGAGACCAUCUGGGUGCUGGGCACAGAUCUGUGAAGAGAGGAGAUUCCCUCUCCUCCGGGGGCCUCUAUUCUACUGAGAGAGACAAAGCAAUAAUCAAAUAAACUGUUAUGCCAUGUAA